AACGAAGAAAAAGGAGAAGCAAGCCGGAAUCUGUGUCGACCACGAUAGAAACGCAACAAGUUUAACCGGAGUACAUCUGUACAAUAUCGUGACGGGAAUAGAGAUUGGCUCAUGUGCUACAGCAGGCACGAUCCAGCUUACUAGAGAAUCGUGCUUUGCAACAUUAUCCCACUCGCCGACGUAGCAGUAGUACCGUAGUAGAUGUGACAAACCUGGAGGUGUUGACAUGACAGGGCAGCAGAAAUGGGGAAUGAAUCCUGGCGAGUAGGAGAGCGUAGUGUUGGUUGUGGAGUCUGGCACUAGGCGUGGUGCGAUUGCUGCUAGGUUGUGGAGCUACCUCAAACAGGUCGAAGACUGUGUUUGUUCUCUUUCUUCUCGUGCUCUCUCAAGCGUCAUGUGUUAGCGCGCAAUGUGAGAUCGUCGGUGAAGUAGCACCUGGGGUCGUGGAUUCGAAUUUAGCCUGGAGCGAUGCGUGCUUUCGAGGUGAUUGGGACGGGUUACAGCAGUUUGGUCAGAGAUCGGUCUGCUGUGGAGGAGGAGGAGGGUUUCGAGGCGAAGGAUGCAGGGGCGCUGUUCGUGCUCGAGUCCAAGGGAACAUGGUUUCAUGCAGGGUAUCAUUUGACCACAGCUAUAGCCGGGCCAUCGUUGCUCACGUUGCCGUAUGCUUUCCAUUUCUUGGGGUGGGGCCCUGGAUUAUUCGCGCUCACCAUUGCUGGGGCUGUAUCAAGUUAUGCGUACUGCUUGUUAUCCAGGGUGUUGGAACAUUAUGCCUCUCAAGGGAAACGGUGCCUUCGGUUUCGAGAUCUAUCCGACGUUGUGAUAGGGAAACGAUGGACGAUUUGGUUUGUCAUACCCGUGCAGUUUGGAGUAUGUUUUGUGACGCUAAUCGGAGUUAUCUUAACUGGUGGCUAUGGUUGCAAGCUCAUCUAUCUGGGACUAGUUCCGGAUGGCGCAAUUCGCUUGUGGGUAUUUGUAGCCUUAUUUGGUGCAGUGAUGAUGAUUCUUGCACAGCUGCCGUCUUUCCAUUCACUGAGACACUUGAGUCUCUUCUCCCUCUUCUGCUGCUUAGCAUACAGCGCAUGCGCCGUGAUCGGAUCUAUCAUUGCAGGUCAUAAUCCAAAUGUACCCCCGAAAAACUACAGCGUAACAGGUAGUCCUGUUCAGAAAGUGUUCGGAGUCUUCACAGCUAUAUCCAUCAUGGCUGGAGUAUAUGGUGUGGCUCUUAUCCCUGAAAUACAGGCAACAGUGGCGCCUCCUGUAACAGGGAAGAUGCAGAAAGGUAUCGCCUUAUGCUACACAGUUGUGUUGAUCACCUUCUACCCUGUUGCAAUCUCUGGCUACUGGGCAUUUGGUAACCAAGCAUCAGGCAACAUCGUCGACAAUCUCGCCCCUGACAAAGGUCCCGAUCUCUUGCCGACAUGGCUGUUGGGCAUCUUAAGUAUCGCCAUUGUUGCACAGCUUCUCGCCAUUGGUUUGGUGUAUUUACAACCCAUCUCUGAAGUGCUGGAAAGCAAAACUGGAGAUGCAAAACAAGGGAAGUACAGUAUCCGAAAUGUAAUGCCUCGUCUUGUCUUCCGGUCUCUUUACUUGGCAGUGGUAACGCUCUUGGCGGCGAUGCUUCCAUUCUUCGGAGACAUCAUCUCCCUGAUUGGAGCGUUUGGGUAUACGCCGCUUGACUUCGUCCUGCCCAUGCUGUUCUACCAGAUUGUGUUCCAGCCAUCGAGACAGAAACCAAUCUUUUGGUUGAAUUGGACGAUUAUUAUAGUGUUCACGGUCGUUGGGGUGAUUGGGUGCAUAGCUUCCUUCCGCAGCAUCUACAUGAAUGUGCAAAAGUAUCAUUUGUUCGGGGAUGUAUGAAAAAAGGCCCAGGUUCACGCAAGCCAGAUGAGAGAGAGAGAGAGAGAGAGAUGAGAGAUGAGAGAAAGCCAUAGUUUAAAUCAGCUGGUGAUCAAACUGCAAUUGCAAUUGCGAAAGCGUAGAUCCGCACAGCUGCAGCCACCUGUUUAGGUUUCGUGAGAAGAGACAAGACCAUUUCUUCCUAAAACAGGUGAAAUCGCAGAAGAAUCUACACAGCAUUAUUCCGAAAAGAGCACAAAGUCUUCACUAAAAACGUAUUUUUUAUUUUUUUUAUUUUAGUUCAAAUUGGAUGCAGAAAAUUUUGGAGAGCAGUUUUAGAUAGAAUGCAUGACUUUUAGACUUAUUCUUCAUAUUCUUGAUUAAUAUUUUUCUAAAACUACCAGAUCAUCUUUUCCCUACACUACCAGAAAGUUGUAUCUUUUAAUGAAUUCCAUGUCGACCUUCUUUUUGA